CGUGGUUUUCGGCUCUCACCCGGAAAGCCCGGCGUUCGCGGCGCGCGGAGCCGGCGUCUCGCAGGCGGGCGCGCUCUGGCCUGUCUCCCGGGCGUCACGUCGGGCCCCGAGGAGCCGCUCGCUGUCUCCGGAGCGGCGGGGAGGAUGGUGCGGGGCAGUCCGGGGCCCGCCGCGCUCCGCCGCGAGUGAACGGGGCCAGGCCGCGGGCGCCCGCGGAGCCGCCGGUCUGUGGGGCGGUGCCUACGGAAUUCAGACGAGGGCGUUGUAUUCCUAGAACUGGAGUUACAGGUCAUUGUUAGCCGCUUGGUGAUGUGGGUGUUGAGAACCUCUCUCCGGUCCUGUGGGAUAGCAGGUGUUCCUAACCUUCGGAGCCGGCUCUCCGACCUCCAUUUGUGUGAGUUGCAGCUGAUCAGAAGCAUGCUCAGCGUUAACCCCCUGGAGAACCUGAGGCUCUACAUCAGCAGCCGGCCGCCCUUGGUGGUCUUCAUGAUCAGUGUUAGCGCCAUGGCCAUCGCCUUCCUCACCCUGGGCUAUUUCUUCAAGAUCAAGGAGAUUAAGUCCCCAGAGAUGGCUGAGGACUGGAAUACUUUUCUGCUGCGCUUUAAUGAUUUGGACUUGUGUGUAUCAGAAAACGAGACACUGAAGCAUCUCUCCAAUGACACCACCACCCCUGAGAGCACCAUGACCAUUGGGCAGGCCAGAUCGUCCACCCAGCCGCCCCAGGCCCUGGAGGAGUCAGGCCCCAUCAAUAUCUCAGUGGCCAUUACCUUGACCCUGGACCCUCUCAAGCCUUUUGGAGGGUACUCUCGAAACGUCACACACCUGUACUCCACCAUCCUUGGACAUCAGAUUGGACUCUCAGGCAGAGAAGCACACGAAGAGAUCAACAUCACCUUUACCCUGCCUGCUGCCUGGAAUGCUGAUGACUGUGCCCUCCAUGGCCACUGUGAGCAGGUGGUGUUUACAGCCUGCAUGACCCUCACAGCUGCUCCUGGAGUCUUCCCCGUCACUGUUCAGCCGCCUCACUGUGUCCCUGACACAUACAGCAACGCUACACUCUGGUACAAGAUCUUCACAACUGCCCGAGAUGCCAACACAAAAUAUGCUCAAGACUACAAUCCUUUCUGGUGUUAUAAGGGAGCCAUUGGAAAAGUCUACCACGCUUUAAAUCCCAAACUCACCGUUAUUGUUCCAGAUGAUGACCGUUCAUUAAUCAACCUGCAUCUCAUGCACACCAGUUACUUUCUUUUUGUGAUGGUGAUAACGAUGUUUUGCUACGCAGUUAUCAAAGGCAGACCCAGCAAAUUGCGUCAGAGCAAUCCUGAAUUUUGUCCUGAAAAGGUGAGCAGUGGGUGGCUUUGGCUGAUGCCUAAUCUCACAGCUCUCCAUUUUCUGAGAGACCAAGAACCAUGAUCAUUGCCUGCUGAACCGGCCAGGACCUGGCCAUUCUGUGAAUACACGAUCUUGCAAUGUUGGGUUAUUCCAGCCAAAGACAUUUCAAGUGCCUGUAACUGAUUUGUACAUAUUUAUAAACAUUGAUCUGGAAA